AUGUUUGAACCUCUUAGUGAAAUGCCCGAGUCAUCCUCCAAACUGGAGUUUUCCGGAGAAUACAUCUGGGUAAAUGAGUGGCACAAACUUCAAGAUCCCCUGCUCCGCAAGAUCAUCCGUCACGGAACUCAGUUAAAAAGCUGGCACAAAGUCCCUAAAAACAACGAUAGCCCAUCCGGUUUGGACCUUGAUGCAAAUAGCGUGUUAGACUUGAAGAACUUGAAGUACUAUGAAGAAGUUCCAAUUGUCGACCACUCUAAAAAGAAGAUUGAUGAAAUUGAGUCGAGGGAGCAUGAGAUGAAUGGAGACUCAGAUGUGAAAGUAGAGAAGCGUGAAAUGGGGGAUUUGGAAUGA